CAGUGACCACAGACAGAGCAGGACCUCCACAAAGUCACUGGACCAGCGGGAUCGUGAAGGAAUCGUUCAUACAGCUGGACAUCAGUAUUCAUUCACAGCUUGAAGGAACACCUACCAAAGGAGCUGAGAGGAACUGACGAAAGGAGCUUUCAUAAAUUUGGUUUUAAUUUCUAGAGGUUAGCAAAGGAAGCCAGAUGACAGACUUUAGGGCAGCUCUAAAGCCCCGCUCAGGGCCUAAGGCAGGGUCUGAGAUCAAGACAAGCACCCCAACAAAGGUUGACUUUAGGUCACUGCUCAACAAGAAAGAUGGUUCACCCAAACACCUGCUGCCACGCCACCUCCGAGCAGCACAGCUUCAGACUUCAGGUCCGUCCGCAAAAGUUGUGAAUGGAGGAGAGAAGGAUGCGGGAAAGCUGCCCGUUUUCAAACAGCCCCUCAGUGACAUCGCUGUGGUGGAUGGUGAGAGACUGAGGUUAGAGUGUCAGGUGACCUCUGACCCCCAAGCCGUCAUCACCUGGAUUCUUGAUGGGAAAAUUGUGAAGGCAUCCAAGUUCAUUGUCUUAUCACAGGAAGGUGAAAAGUGUUCACUUACAAUCGACAAGGCUCCGGAGGAUGAAGGACGCUACACAUGUAAGGCAGAGAACGCACACGGUAAAGCAGAGUGUUCCUGUAUGGUCACUGUAGAUGACCCAUCAGCAGAUAAGAAAAAUAGGAAGAGCUCUUCUUCAACUCCCACUACAGAAAAUGAAGCCAGAAUAAAGAAGAAACCAGCUCCCCCCAAACAGGGUUCUCCGCCACAGUUUCUGCAGUUCCCUGGAGAUCAGAAGAUCAGGGCAGGAGAAAAGGUGGAGCUGUUGGGCAACUUUGGAGGGACAGCACCCAUAACUUGCACCUGGCUCAAAUUUAAAAAGCCGAUCCAGCCAGGAAGUGGGGGAAUUUCCAUAGAGACCGCAGAGAACAGCAGCCACCUGACAAUCGCAGCGAGUGACCAAGAUCACUGUGGUUGCUAUACUCUCGAACUGCAGAAUAAAUUUGGUACCAAGCAGGCUUCACUCAACCUCACCAUCGUAGAUAAGCCAGAUCCCCCAGCCGGCAUCCCUGCUGCCUCUGACAUCCGAAAAUCCUCGCUUACCCUCUCCUGGUAUGGUCCCACUUAUGAUGGUGGCAGCAUUGUCCAGUCCUACAACCUGGAGAUCUGGAAUUCAAUCGACAACACGUGGAAUGACCUCACCUCCUGCAACAGCACUUCAUACCACGUCCAGAACCUUCUCGCCGAUCGUCAGUACAAGUUCCGCGUUCGAGCUGUUAAUGUGUAUGGAGUCGGAGAGCCCAGUGCAGAAUCUGAGCCCAUUACAGUGGGAGUGGAGGAGGUAACAGAGAAAAAGGAAGAGGGGGAAGUUGGAGCCACUGUGUCUGAUGAUGAUGAAGAGAAAGAACCAGAAUACAAAGAUGUGGUCAUUAAGAAAGACUGCAGUGUGAAAGACUUCUAUGAUAUAGAGGACCGCUUAGGAACGGGAAAAUUUGGUCAAGUCUUUAAACUUAUGGAAAAGUCCACCAAGAAGGUAUGGGCAGGGAAGUUCAUCAAGGCAUUCUCUCAGAAGGAAAAGGAAAAUGUGAGGCAGGAGAUUGACAUCAUGAACAGCCUCCACCACCCCAAACUGGUGCAAUGCGUGGACGCCUGAGGAAAAUCCGACAUGGUCAUGGUUUUGGAGAUGAUUUCUGGAGGCGAGUUGUUUGAGCGAAUCGUUGAUGAGGAUUUCGAGCUGACUGAGCGAGAGGUGAUUAAGUACAUGCUGCAGAUCAUUGAUGGAGUGCAGUUUAUCCACAAGCAGGGCAUUGUCCACUUGGACCUCAAACCUGAGAACAUCAUGUGCAUCAACAAGACAGGAAGCAAGAUCAAGCUCAUUGACUUUGGACUUGCUCGAAGGCUGGAGGAUUCAGGCUCUCUGAAGGUUCUGUUUGGAACUCCUGAGUUUGUAGCUCCUGAGGUGAUCAACUAUGAAGCUAUCAGCUACCCAACAGACAUGUGGAGUAUUGGCGUCAUCUGUUACAUUCUUGUCAGUGGUCUCUCUCCAUUCAUGGGAGACAAUGACAAUGAAACCCUUGCCAAUGUCACCUCAGCCACCUGGGAUUUUGAGGAUGAGGCAUUUGAUGAGAUUUCAGAUCAGGCCAAGGACUUCAUCAGCAGUCUCCUAAAAAAGGACAUGAGGGCCAGGCUGACCUGCGCUCAGUGUUUGGAGCACUCUUGGCUCAAACAGGACACCAAAAAUAUGGAGGCUAAACAACUGUCCAAAGAGAGGAUGAAGAAAUACAUCCUGAGACGCCGCUGGCAGAAAACAGGGAACGCAGUGCGAGCCAUCUCCAGGUUCAGCUCUAUGGGAAUGUUAGGAGGAAUCGGCCCAAAGAAAAGUUCCCCGACUGACGAAGAGCCUCCUGCACCCUUCCUUGAGAGCGUGGAGGAUGAAAACCCGCACUCCUCUGUGGCCCCCAGCUUCUCCUCUGUCAUACAGGACGUGGAAGUGGUGGAAGGCAGUGCUGCCCGCUUUGACUGCAAGAUUGAGGGCUACCCAGACCCCGAGGUUGUGUGGUACAAGGACGACCUGCCUAUUAAGGAGACGCGUCACUUCCAGAUUGACUACUACUAAGAGGAUGGCCACUGUAGUCUGGUGAUCUCAGAGGUCUGUCCUGAUGAUGACGCCAAGUACACCUGCAAAGCCGUCAACGGUCUGGGAGAAGCCACCUGUACGGCUGAGCUGAUGGUGGAGUUCAUGCAGGAGGAGGAAGGAGAGGGUGAAGCUGAAGGGGAGGAAGAGGAUUGAGUAGUGAACAGUGAAACGGGAGCGGACAAUGACGGAGAAGCGAAAGGCUAAAUAACACGGGAACUAUGAAUAUCUUAAACAUUUUACACCAUUUCCAUCCUACGUUUUUUUUUACACCAUCUUCAUAUUUCUUCUUACAGCCUAGAAUCAUUUUGGAAAGAGCGACUGUUUUCGGGUAAAACCGUUUGCCGAGAUCAAAGACAUUCCAGCUUUGCCAUUGUGUCCAGACGAUUACCCCGGACUACAAAACUAAAUGUGACAACAAUAUGGCUGUAUAGCAAUGAAAAUAUCUACCACUUGUCUUUAAUUUUGUGAGUCUGUAUGCUUUUGUGCGCACAUUUAGACAUUUUAGGUCUGCACUGCAGUGCAAUCUAGUGGUGUUAAAACGACAGUGCUUUUUCAAAUAAAACUAGUCUAGUCUAUAUGAUAUUGGAAUCGAUACUUUCGGAGACUUUACUGUAUGAAGAUAUCAACUGAUGAUUAUACUGUUAUGUUUUAUUUAAUAGUUAUAAGAAUUAUUGUUGCUAAAUGACUGUAGUUAACUCGGUCAUCAUUAGACCGUCUGUGCUGUUUGCACACAAU